CGGAAAGGUCACGAUAGUGUAGAUAGACGUCUGGCAAUUCGUAACUGGCUCAUUUCUACAAACACCACUGAACCUGUUUAGAAAAUUAUGGAAUUAUUCCAAUUAUUACUAUUCAAUAUAAUGUUGAUUAUGUCAUCUGUUUCUGAAAAAACGUUUAUCACUGAAGUUCGCGCCGCUUACCGCUUGCCGAAUAAUACAAUACCGAAUAAUUAUAGAAUAUGGUUAGAUGUAGACGUUGAAAGGAAUAUCUUUUAUGGCAAAUCCAAAAUCAACAUAAUUAUUUACGAACAAACGCAUGAGAUAUCCUUGCACUCAGUACAUUUGAACAUAAUUAAAAGUACAAUUGAAAAUACUGAUAUGCGUGAAAGGACCAAACAUAUUGCAAAUAAACAUCUUUACUUUGAGAAAAUAGAAGUUGUGACUAUUGAUUUUAACUAUAUACUAACACCUGGUAAUUAUACUCUGAAUAUGGUAUACAAGGGUGUCAUAUCUGAUAUAAAUGACUCCGUCAAAGGUGGUUUCUUCAAGACUCCGUUUAUAAAUGAAACAGGAGAUAGAGAAUGGUUUGUCUCAACACAUAACUGGGCUACUGGAAUACGACGAACAUUUCCAUGUUGGGACGAGCCAGAAAUAAAAGCUACAUUUAAAAUUAUCGUAUUACAAGUACGAAAUUACUAUGAAAAGUACACGGUUUUAUCCAAUACGCAUUAUAGAAAGAGAGUCCGUGAUACUUAUGAUAGCAUUGUAGAAACACAUUUUGAAAAAACAUCUGAAAUACCCACUUAUCUCGUAGCUAUAGUAUUGUGCAAUUUCUCCGCCUCUCUACAUAUGAAUAUAUUUGAGAAAUUUGGAGGCAGUCGACCAUUUAAAAUGAAUGUAGACUUGAGAUGCAGAGAAAAAAUUUUAAAUAAAUUAAUAUUUGCAAGUCAUGUUAUUGCAAACGUUACGCACUACUUUCAAGACGAGUGGAAGCAAUUGAUUGUGUUUCCAACGCAAGAACAUAUCGCGGUUCCAGGCUUGAUAGAUGACGGCAUGGCAAAGUGGGGACUCACAUUUUACAGAGACAAAGAUAUUAUUUAUGAUGAGAUGAGAGAUAAUAUUGUCCGCAAAAUGGAAAUAGCGUCUAUAAUCGGACGUGAAAUAGCACGACAAUUGUUGAAUUCUAAGACAAGUCCAUCAUGGUGGUCCCACUUCUGGUUAAAUGAGGGUAUUGCUACGGUUCUUUUUACAUCAAAAAUCAUUGAUAAGAUUAUUCCAAAUUCUCAAAUGUCGGAUUUGUUUGUUGUCCAAAUUCUGCAAGAAUCUCUCUAUUUAGACGAGCAAGGAAUUAUGGAAUCUCUUACAUCGUGGGAACAAAAAGGCAACACAAUCUCUGAUAUUAAUUCAAUUUUCUCUUUCUCUUAUUAUAUCAAAGCACCUGCUAUAUUGCGCAUGUUGCAACAUAUAGUGGGCGAUCAAGUGUUUUGGAAUGGUAUCGAAAAAUAUUUAAAAAAACAAUCAGCUACUCCGAGUGAUUUCUGGGCUGUUUAUGAAUCUUCUGAUGAAGCAUUAAGAUUUAUAGUACCAAAAAUUAACAUAACAGAGAUAAUGUAUCCUUGGAUAAGUCAAAAUCAUUAUCCUGUUCUAAAUGUAGCAUGUAAUUAUAACAAUGAAAGCUAUUUUGUCAUAAGGAUGAAAAAUGCAUCCGAAACAUGGCAGAUACCCUUGACAUUUACUAUGCGGUCGUACAUCAAUUUUUAUUAUACUUUACCUGUUAUAGUUACUCUUAAAAAUAAAAUUCCUAUGCCUAUGCUUUCUAAAGAUGACUGGAUAAUAUUGAACUUGCAACAAAUUGGAUAUUAUCGUGUCAACUACGAUGCUGAGAAUUGGCGAAGAAUUGCAUGUUACCUCAAUUCGGAAAACUAUAAGAAUAUUCAUGUUGUUAAUCGUGCUCAAAUCAUCGACGAUGCGUUUUAUUUUACCAUGACGAAACAACUUGAUGCCUCUAUAUUUUGGAAACUCACAAGAUACUUAUCGCGAGAGACGGAAUAUGUUGCAUGGUAUCCUAUGAUCAAAGUUCUUGAACGCAUAUCUCACAUCUUCCAAUUUCCAGAUGAAAGUAAAUAUGUCAAGACGAUCAUACUCGGACAAUUGAAACCGCUUCUUCAAACAAUAAAAUAUAACGAAGAUCGAAAUGACAGUUAUUUAAUGGAAUGUUUAAGACAAGAAGCUGUAAAAUGGGCAUGCGUUCUCAAUGAUUCUAGCUGCAAGACAAUAGCCUUGAAUAAACUACGACAGCACUUCACAGACAUACCUCAUCAAUUCUCGUCAGGGUGGAAAAAAUGGACAUAUUGUAAUGGUUUAUCGAUAGCAGAUAAAACUGUUUUAAUGAAAGUGCAUCGAAUGUAUAUGAUUGAAACUAUACUAUUCCGAAACGAACGAAAAAAUUUAGAACUCCUGGCUUGUUCUAAACAUUUUUACAUAAAUUCCAUCAUCAUGAAAUCAGAAGAUUAUGAAGAAUAUUAUUUUAGAACUAUAAGAGAAAAUCGCAUUGAUAAUAUUAAAUUUUUUCAUUACAAUGUUGCGAAACACGCAAGAGAUAACUUAGUACUUAAUCAUAUAUUAAGAAAUUGGGAAAGAGCCAAACCCAAAGACAUUAGUGUGACUACAGCAUUAAUUGAUAUUAUAAACCACGUGUAUUCUAAGGAACAACUUGACAGGAUAAAGAAAUUUUUGCUGAUGUAUGUACAGAGGUGGUUAAUGUUAGAAUUCAAAUUUACUACUAAUCUUAAAUACCUUAACUCAAAAUUAUUUAGCAAGAUUUUUGAAUGUGCAAGAGACGAAGUAAAUAAACUAAUUUUGGAUAUUAUCAAAAAGAUUAAGUUACGUUUGUCUCAAAUCAAGAAUCAGAGAAACACUUUGGUUUCCAUGUUUGGAAUCAGUUCAGCCGGCCAAAAAAUGGAAAACUGCAAUGCUUGA